AUGUUGGAUUCUACAAAUGAUUUAUCAAGUCACUACAAUCGUCAUGUUUCGUCACGCGCUGCUUCCAGCGCUGUUCCAGCUGGCAUGGCAUACUCAAUCUGUGUCAGCUUCGCCUUACCAAGCUCGAGUCCUGGAACAUGCGGCUAUGAAGCCGAUAUGGCGUAUAUUCAGACAAACAACCCGAGCGUGAAUAACGUCCAAAUCGAGAUCGCCUCGUCAGGUUCUUACUACGAUAGCCUGGCCUACAACAAGUACACCGUGUUCUCGCCCGGGAUAAAUGGAGUAUGGCAACUUGCUGAUUACGACAACGACGGAAGCCCGGAUUUGAUCUAUAUUCAGAAUCGAAACACGGCAUCGGGAAAGGUGGAGCUCAAAAUUGCUUCAGGGGCUUCGAACUAUCAAACUCUCAUCCUGCAGACUCAGACUGUCUAUGAUGCACAAAUCAAUGGAAGGUGGCAGAUGAUUGAUUACGAUGGGGAUGGCAAACUGGAUCUUGUGUACAUCCAGAAUAGCAACACUCCUUCCAACAAAGUUGAAGUUAAGGUUGCGUCAGGUGCAUCAAGCUAUAAGACAUUGACGAAGGAGGUCACAACAGUCUUCAGCAUUGGAAAUGAUGGCACGUGGCAGAUUGUUAACUAUGACAACGACGGAAACAACGAUCUUGCCUAUAUUCAAAACAUCAAUACUUCCUCCGGCUACGUUGAGGUGACUAUCCUCUCUGGCGCUUCCAAUUACCAGACAACUGUGCAGAGCAUUCCGACAACUUUCUCCGUUGAGGACAAUGGUACUUGGCAAAUGAUUGACUGGGACGGCGAUGGGUACCUGGACCUUGUCUACAUCAAAGAACAAUAUACUGCCGGUACCGUGGAAAUUCAUGUUGCUUCUGGAUUUGAUGAGUCGCUCUAUUAUUGAUGAAACUGUUAAUCAUACAAUAAUGUUUGGCAUCGUACACCGAGCAGUUUUAGAGCCUGCCAUAUCAGUCUUCAAACUUCGUGUUGUUUUUGCAAUUUACCAUCUUCUAGAUAAUAUCCAUAAAUUUAUCAAAUUCACCUGGCAA